AUGGUGCCCAAAUCAUUCCAGGCCGGCUAUCCAAACACAGAGGGCUUCCGAAAGGUCGUGAAGGCGACAAUUUAUAUCAAAAAGAAGCAGGGCAUGUCAGAGGAAGACUUUAUCGAUUAUUACAACAAUAAGCAUGCACAGAGGGCCGUGCCCAUCCUCCAACGUCAUGGAAUCAUCAGCUACAGCCUUACGUAUCAUCUUGAGCGCGACCGAAAGGUCAUCCAGGACAUUAUGCAGGGAAACGCAAAGUUGAUGGAUUAUGACGCCAUCUGCACCUUUGUCUUCCCCGACUAUCUCGCGCUAGCCAAGUUCAUGUACGACAAGGAGGGCGCUGCUUUGAACGGCGACCACGACAACUUCAUGGACGACAGCCAGAUGAAGAUGAUGGUUGGCGAUGAGUACAUGCUGGUGGAAAAUGGACAAAAGGUUGGCUGA